AUGUCCUCCACCGCUCAUGACCGACGCCGGAAGAGCAGCAACCCCUUCUCGCGCGAAUUCCUGCUGAGCAAAGGCCCCAUGGCGUCUGGCCACAAGGAAUCGAGCACCAACGCUCACCCGCUCACCAAGUUGUCCAACUCGCUCAUGUUUGGCGUCGUCAACUCCAUCCGAGCCAUCCCCAUCAUGUACGGAUACGCCGCCAUCAUCUUCGGCCACUCGGCGUUCGACCACUACAUGCCGGCGCUCUCCAAGCUCGUCAUCUUCUCGAGCGCCAUCCACCAGCUCAUGUUCACACUCAUGAGCUCGCUGCCCUUCGCCAUCGGCCAGGUGCAGAACGUCGGUAUCAUCUUCCUCGGCGUCAUGGCCACCUCCAUCUGCAACGCGCUCGAACAGGACGACAGCGUCACAGUCGAGGCCAUGAUCGCCACUACCAUCGUCACCAUCGGCGUUGCCACCAUCCUACUCGGCGUCUGCCUCGUGGUCCUGGGGCGCUUCAAGCUCGCCGCGCUUGCUUCGUACCUGCCAAUGCCCGUCAUCGGAGGGUAUUUGGCUUACACGGGCAUAUUCUGUCUCUUCGCAGGCUUCGCACUGAGCACGGGGACCGUGAUUAACGACUUCUCCUCUAUGGUGGACGCUCUCGGCCGCGAACACAACAUUCUGCUGUGUCUACCGGCGAACGUCAAGAACCCGUUCGCGCUGUCCGUGGCCAUCGUGGUCAUGCCGACCAUCUUCUUCGUGGUGCUGGCGGCGGGCGGGACCACACUCGAGGAAGCACGCAAGGACGGCUGGAUCGACCCGCUGGAGAAGUCCGCAUCGCUCACGGACAUCGUCACGCUGUACGACUCCUCCCUGGUCCACUGGGACCAGAUCCCGCGGCAGAUCGUCACUUGGCUCGGUAUGGUGUUUAUCGUGGCGCUCUCGUCCAGCCUGGACGUCGUCGCUAUUGAGAUCGACAUUGGCAAGCAGCUCGACAUCAACCACGAGCUCAAAUCGGUCGGCUGGUCCAACAUCGUCAGCGGACUCUUCGGAGGCUUCACGGGCUCGUACAACUUGGAACAGACCAUCUUCACGUGCCGCUCCAAGACUGACUCCCGCAUCGUGGGCGUGUGCGUCAUCCUGGCCGAGAUCGCUAUCGUCGUCAUCCCGACGUCGAUCAUGAGCUACGUGCCGAGGUUCUUCAUGGCCUCCACACUCGUCUUCGUGGCGCUGGACCUCAUGCUCGAGUGGCUCGUGCUUUCGUACCGCAAGAUGUACCUGCGCGAGUGCGCGGUGGUGUGGCUCUCGUUCGUCGCCAUCAACGUCUGCGCUCUUGAGCUGGGCAUCGUCAUCGCCGUGGGCGUCGCUGCUCUCAACUUCAUGGUGAGCUACGUCCAAGUGCCCGUCAUGAGCCACCGUCCGUACUCCCCGGGGGCGGCGCCAAACUUUGCGGAGAGUGUGAUGAGUCUGCGUCCUCGCUUCUCAGCUGCAGUGCCCAACUUCGGGGAGAGUGUCGGGCCGUCAGGGGCGUCGCGGAACCUAGCACAGAGCACCGUCUUCAGCAUGAAGCAGGGCUCCAUCGCGCACUUUGAGUUCUGCGGGUACCUCUUCUUCGGCUCCGCAGUCCAAAUCCUGGAUGGCGUCCAAAAGGCGGUCUUCGUCCACAAGCACAAGCAGCCAUGGGAGAGUGACGACGAGAGAGGAACGCAACGCGAGUCGAGCUUCCUUCCCAUCUGCAGGACGGGUUACGAUGUCCUCGAGUGUCUGGACGGAACGCCCGCUCCGGACGACAGCGUUCAGCCGACCGAGUUCGUCGUCAUGGACUUCACGCGCGUGACCGGAAUGGACGCGACGGCAGCCCGCAGCGCCUUCUUGAUCCUGCAGAACUACUGCAGAAUGCAAGGCAUCAACGUGGUCUUCGCGAGCGCCAGCUCAGACAUCCGCGGCCUGCUCGUCAAGAACCACGUCGCGGGCGAGAGCAGCUUCUUCGCGACUGCCGACUCAGCGCUCGAGUUCUGCGCGAAAAAGUUGAGCGCCACUGAGUCGAACGAGCCCGCUCCGACGCAGCACCGAGCAUACUCGAGCGAGUCGAUCAGUGUGCUGCUGCACCGCUACUUGGGUGAGCCCGACAACUCGCAACUGCUGCGCGGUGUCGACCGCUUCUUCCGGAAGAUGGAGGUGCCCGCCGGCCACGAGUUCUACAGCGUGGCGCAGCCCUCCGACACCUUCUACUUCCUCGCGCGCGGCAGCGUGAAGCUGUUCGCGAACAAGGACGGCAGCAUCGCGCCCAACCUGCCGCUCGCUCUGCUGCAGACCGUGCAGGAGCCGUGCUACUACUCGGUGCUGGGCGUGGACGUCGACGCGAGUCCGUCUGUGAUCGUCAAGGCGUACCGCUCCAUGGCGCUCAAGUACCACCCGGACAAGAACCCGGAUGCCGAGCCCGAGCAGUUUCAGGCCAUCACCGAGGCCUACGAGGUGCUGUCGGACCUGGAGAAGCGGCGGCUGUACGACCACUACGGGCCGUCCCUCAAGCCGAGGCUGGGCGAGACCUUCGCCCAGCUAGCGCCGCUGCUGCUGUCCUUCGCCACGGGUUUCAUCGGCUCCAGCGCCCGCACGUACAGCGGAGCCUUCAGCACCCGAGCCAUGUUCGGCUGGGAGCUGUGUCUCAUGGGCGUCGCCGGCAUGUACUACUGCUACCAGCCGGCCAGUGCCAGCACCAAGACUCCCCCGGCCAAGCACCAAGUGAAGCCCAAGAGGGAGGUCGUGUCCGUGUCGGACUACGUGACCAUCACGUCCAUGGGGCUGCUGAUGGGCAACUUCACGGGCUGGGCAGCCACGUCCGUCGUCGUGUUCUGCAAGGCGGUGGUGCUCGGAAGUUAG